AUGAAGGUCGCCGUUGCUCUUACUCUCGUUGCGGGUGUGCUUAGUGCACCCACCCCUACUCUCUGGGGCUCCGGCUGGGGAGAUGGUGGCGCCGGUGCUGAAGGCUCAGCUGGGCUAGGAGGAUCCGCUGAACUCGGCGGUCAUGCUGGACUCGGUGGCUCCGCUGGUCUCGGAGGCAGUGCCGGUCUGGGUGGCUCUGCGGGCGCGUCUGGUUCUGCUGGCGCUUCUGGAUCGGCUGGUGGUGAUGCUGAGGGCGAGGCCGGUGCGUCGGGCUCCGCUGGUGCAGGUGGCUCGGGAUCAGCUGGUGUUGGAGGAUCUGCUGGUCUUGGAGGCCAUGCCGGUCUCGGAGCCUCAGCCGGUCUUGGAGGAUCCGCUGGUGUUGGAGGCAGUGCCGGUGCCUCUGGUAACGCCGGGGGUUCUGCGGGAGCUGGUGUCGGAGGCUCCGCAGGCCUUGGUGGCCACGCCGGUCUUGGAGCCUCAGCCGGUCUUGGAGGAUCCGCUGGUGUUGGAGGCGGUGCCGGUGCCUCUGGUAACGCCGGGGGUUCUGCGGGAGCUGGUGUUGGAGGCUCCGCAGGCCUUGGUGGCCACGCCGGUCUUGGUGCCUCAGCUGGCCUUGGAGGAUCCGCUGGUGUUGGUGCCGGCGCUGGUGCCUCCGGUGACGCUGAGGGCUCUGCGGGAGCUGGUGUCGGAGGCUCCGCAGGCCUUGGUGGCCACGCUGGUCUCGGAGCAUCUGCCGGUCUAGGAGGAUCUGCUGGUGUUGGUGGCUCUGGAUCUGCUACCGGCGAGGCCGGCGCUGAAGCAUCUGGUGGCGCUGGCCUUGGUGGCCACGCUGGUCUCGGCGGGCACGCUGGCCUCGGAGCAUCUGCUGGCCUUGGUGGAUCUGCUGGUCUAGGAGGAUCCGCUGGCCUUGGUGGCUCGGGCUCUGCAGGUGUCGGCGGUUCCGCUGGCAUUGGCGGCUCGGGCUCUGCAGGUGUCGGCGGUUCCGCUGGCAUUGGCGGCUCGGGUUCAGCAGGUGUCGGUGGCUCCGCCGGCGCUGGCCUUGGUGCGUCUGGAUCCGCUACCGGUGAGGCUGGCGCUGAAGCCUCUGGGGCCGCUGGCCUUGGUGGCCACGCUGGCCUUGGUGGCCACGCUGGCCUUGGUGGCCACGCCGGUCUUGGUGGACACGCUGGACUCGGAGGAUCAGCUGGCCUAGGCGGCUCCGCUGGUAUUGGUGGCUCCGCCGGCGCUGGUCUUGGUGCGUCUGGAUCUGCUACUGGUGAGGCCGGCGCUGAAGCUUCUGGUGGCGCCGGUCUGGGUGGUCACGCUGGUCUUGGUGGCCAUGCCGGUCUCGGCGGUUCUGCUGGCAUUGGUGGCUCCGCCGGCGCUGGCCUUGGUGCGUCUGGAUCUGCUACUGGCGAGGCCGGCGCUGAAGCUUCUGGUGGCGCCGGUCUGGGUGGUCAUGCUGGUCUUGGUGGCCACGCCGGCCUAGGUGGAUCCGCUGGCAUCGGCGGCUCCGCUGGCGCUGGUCUUGGUGGUUCUGCUACUGGUGGCGCGGGAGCUGAGGCUUCCGGCGCUGCUGGCCUCGGCGGCUCUGCUUCUGGCUCCGCUGGCAUUGGAGGAUCUGGUUCCGCUGGCGCUGGUAUUGGCGGCUCGGGCUCUGCAGGUGUUGGUGGUUCCGCUGGUGGUUCCGCUGGCAUUGGCGGCUCUGGCUCCGCUGGCCUUGGAGGAUCUGGAUCUGCUUCUGGCAGUGCUUCGGCCACUCCCGCCGCCACCCCUACUGGUGCAAGCGCUGUUGGCGCUGGAGGCGAAGCUGGUGCUGGUGGCUCUGCUGGCGCUGGCAUCGGUGGUUCUGGCUCUGCCGGCAUUGGCGGCUCUGCUGGAGGAUCCGCUGGUCUUGGAGGAUCUGCCUCAGGAUCUGCUGGUGGCUCCGCUGGCCUCGGCGGCUCUGCUUCAGGCUCUGCUGGUGGUUCCGCUGGUAUUGGAGGAUCUGCUUCAGGCUCCGCCGGUGGUUCUGCCUCUGGCUCCGCUGGUGGCUCUGCUUCCGGAUCCGCUGGCCUUGGUGGCUCUGGCUCUGCCGGUCUCGGCGGCUCUGGAGGCGCCCCUGGUUCUCCCUCUGCUACUCCUUCCACUCCCGUCGCCGCCCCUACCCCCGUCCCUACUGGUGAAAGCCCGGUCUCUGCUGGUGGCGCUCCUGCUCCUAGUGGUGCUCCCGCCGGUGGAUCUCCCUCUGGUUCAGCUGAAGGUUCUGCCGAAGGCUCCGGAUCUGCUCAGGGCUCCGCUGAGGGUUCCGGCUCCGCUGAAGGAUCAGCUGAGGGUUCUGGUUCAGUUGAAGGUUCUACCGAAGGCUCUGGAUCUGGUGAAGGCUCUGCCUCUGGUUCCGCUGAGGGUUUUGGAUCUGCUGAAGGAUCUGCCUCUGGCUCUGGUUCUGUUGGUGGCUCUGGCUCUGCCUCUGGUUCUGUCGGUGGCUCCGGCUCUGCUUCUGGCUCCGGCAGCUGGGGUGACCUCGGCGACCUCGGCAACCUGUUCCCCUCCGGCACUCCUACCACCUGGUCGACUGGCUUCUCAACUUCCUUCUCGACCAUCUUCGUUCCCACCGCCACUGGCGUCAGCCCUGUCGCCGCUGGUGACGAGGACUGCGGCUGCAACGAGGCUGUUCCCACUGGUGUGAGCCCCGUCCACGGCGGCGCCGACUCCGACUCCGCAGGUGGCUUCGACUUCUCUCAACUCGGUGACCUCUUCGCUUCCGCCGCUGCCUCUGCCGCUCCCUCCGCUACCGCUACUGGCAGUGCUUCUGGUAGUGCCAGCGCCACCGGUUCCGCCACCGGCUCCGGCUCCUCUGGCUUGUCCGGUCUCUGGAACUGGUCCAACCUCUUCGGCUCAUCGACUAGCUCCAGCGACUCUGCCUCCGCAUCUGGCUCCGCUUCCGGCUCUGGCUCUUCCAGCAGCAGCGGCCUCGGCUCCUUCAGCAGCUUCCUAGGCAAGUCCCGCCGCCAGCUCUUCGGCAAGUCUCCUUUGCCGUGCUCUUGA